AUGAAUUAAUGUCUAAAUAAGCUUUUAGAAUCAUUUAAUCAAGUUUGUGAAAUUACCUUCCAAAAAAUGGUUGAAUUACUUUAUAGAAGUGGGAUUAUUAGACCUAUUAUUAGAAGACCUGUAAUUCCAACUUUAGAAUUAUAACCCAUUGAUCAUUCAUUAAAAUAGCCCUUAACAUUACAUUCAAGCUCAUCAACUCCUGUUUUUACUAAAAGUGAAUCUAAAUAUAGAAGAGCAGAAUCUGAAAAGGAAUUUAGAAAGUGCAUUAUACCAAAGUAUGUUUUUAUAUUAGUAAAGUUUAGGUGACACUAUUUACAAAGUGGAAUGCUACUCCAAAGAUAUAUCCUUACUUAAUUUGUUUGAUGAAAAAUAAGAAUUAAAUCAAAAUACAAAUUAAUUAGACAAUAAUAAUAUCAGAAAUUAAUUAGAACCAAUUAUAUAAGAACAUAAAGUAAAUAAUAAUCUAGAAAAUUUAGAAUCUCAAAAAGAAUAAAAUAAUAAUAGAAACCUUGUAAAUCAUUAAAAUUAAUAAAAAAUUGAAAAUUCUCAAGAUUAAAUAUCAUAAGAUUAAUUUUAUUCAAUCAUAGAUAAUCCAAAUAAAAUUACUUAAUCUGAAUAAUUCUUUAGUAUUAUAGACAGAAGUUCUUUUAGAAAUAGUUUUAAUAAGAAUAUGGCAAGAAAAUGA